GCACUGGGAAGAUGGUAUAUCUCCUUGAGAAUUCAGGUCCGCAAAAUCUCACAAUUCAAUAUCCUGCAGUAUAAAGGACUUGCCAACCAUCCUACAUAAACUAUCAUUGAAUUCACUUCGAAUAUGCUGAAAUAUCUAGCCAUUCUCAUCUUCCUGCGUCUUGCGCCCCUGGUUCGCGCGAGCCAAGUUCAUUAUAACUUAAUCAUAGGGAAUGCCAUUGCUGCUCCUGACGGCUUCGAGCGCAACUCCGUUUUGGCCGGGUUCACAUCAGACACAUUGCAAUUUCCCGGACCCCUUAUCACGGCACAAAAAGGCAAUAUUAUAACGGUCAAUGUCAAAAAUGAACUUACUAAUACAAACAUGCGUGCAAGUACGAGCAUUAACUGGAGUGGGCUUCUUCAACUUGGCCAUCCCGAGUUUGAUGGUACAAGUUUCGUGACACAGUGCCCAAUCGCACCUAAUACGUCUUUCACCUAUAAUGUCGACACCGGAAACCAGGCGGGAACCUUUUUAUAUCGCUCAGGCCUUGGUGUUCAAUACGUCGACGGUUUGAGGGGUCCUUUAAUUAUAUAUGAUCCCGAAGAUCCUCACCUGAAUUUGUAUGAUGUCGACGACGACUCUACUAUCUUCCAGCUCGGCGAAUGGUACCACGGAUUCUCCACCGACGAUUUCAACAUUUUUCAGGAAACAGGAAGCAUUCCGAUCUAUGACGCAGGACUCAUCAAUGGAGUUGGUAGAACGCAGGGUGGACCUGAGGUCCCAUUUGGGGUGUUCAAUGUUGUUUCUGGCACUCGGUACCGCCUUAGGCUCAUCAGCAACGCUCCUCGUGCCGUGUUUGGAUUCAUCAUUGACCAGCAUAACCUUACAGUCAUUGAAGAAGACGGUAUUUCUACUGAGCCCGUAGAAGUUGAAGGGCUGGAACUCUACCCCGGUCAACGAUACUCGGUCGUAUUCACUGCCGAUCAGGCCGUUGGAAACUACUGGCUUAGGUCUAUUCCCCGCGGUGGAACUCAAACGAAAAACCCCAACUUGAAUGCUACUCUUUCCAUAGCUAUCGUUCGUUAUGCUGGCGCUCCCUUUGAAGACCCGACAACAUCCCAGGCAAACAUCACUUUGCUGAAAGAAACACAACUCCACCCUCUGAUCCAUCCUGGAAGCCCAGGUGGUCCUGACGCGGAGCCGGAUGUCAACAUUACGUUGAACUUCACCACGGGUGCUACAGCGACGAAUCCACUGGAUACAUGGCAUAUCAACGAUAUCUCCUACAAGGAUCCUCCCAUCCCCACGCUUGUCCAGAUCAUGAAUAACAAUGACACUUUCCCAGAAGACAGCCAUAUCAUAGUCCUUCCACCAAACGCUUUAGUGCAAUUGGUGAUGCCCUUGGGCGAGGAUGGUGGCGGUCAUCCGAUGCACCUUCACGGGAGCACGUUUGAUGUCAUUCAGCCCGGUGACUCCGGUGGGGUAAUGAACUUUAUCAACCCAUCUAGGAGAGACGUUAUCCCUGUUAUUGGAGAUGUAACAAUCAUUAGGUUCCGGACUCCUGCUGUUGGCAUUUUCCACUUACACUGCCAUAUUAUCUGGCAUGCCGAGGCUGGUCUCCAAAUGACACUUAUCUCUGGUCCCAAUGCUAUUCGAGAAAGCGUCAGGCCAAGUCCUGAAUGGAAUGACUUGUGCCUCAAGUACAACAGUCUAGCAGCGGAAUUCCAGUGACACGUAUUGGCAAUUUGCAUAGUCUGAGUCUGUGACAAGUUCAUUUUGUAGUGUGCCGGAUGUAAAAUAUAUGAAAUAUCAUUUCUGACGUGCUUCCA